AUGCCACACACGGACGCGGAGAGGGAGGGCAAGCCACUCGUGAACUUCCUGAAGCGGUCGCUGACUCUCUUCAGUCGCAAGCCAGCCGACCCCUCCAAGGUCACCUUCGACGGGGGCGAGGUCAGACCGUCGACCGGCGGCUCGGACCCCGCCCCGAGGGAAGCCACCGGGCCGGCGAACAAGCUCAAGCGCGCGCAGUCGGAGAAGCCGAAGCCUAGGAAGCGCCUGAGCCUGGUCCAGGUCGGCAAACGCCAGAUUACAGUUGGGAGGCUGCUGUGCGACGACAGCUUGGCGACUCCGGGCACGGACCUGAACUUCAUGAGAUCUUUCGAGGCCACUGAAGCGUCCUCGGUAUCGUCUCUGUCCGACGAGUCCUCUGAGGUCGAGGACACAUGGGGGCUCUCCGUCUAUGCUGAAGAGUGCGAGCGCCUCGCAGUGCCCGCGGUCGCCCAGGUCACCGAGGGCCUCCGCUCCCAGACCCUCGACCUGCACGCCUACGGCAUGUCCGUGCGGGGCCUCUCCGCGGUCACGCAGGCCCUCAAGUUCAACACCACCGUGACCAAGCUCAUUCUGAGCGAGAACGACCUGAACGAGUCGGCCCUGUACGCGCUCGGCGAGCUGUUCCGCACGUCGCGGAACAUUCUCGAGCUGGACAUCAGCGGCAACAGCCUCCAGGCGGGGACGCCGGGGUGCGCGGUGGCGUUCAAGGGCCUGCUGCCCAAGGCGCACGACAAGCCGUCGCUGGAGGUGCUCGUGUGCCGGUCGAACCGGCUGACGGACGGGGACGGCGCGCAGAUCGUCCAGCACGUGGCGGCGUGCGGGAGCAUCACGCACCUCGACCUGGGCGACAACCUGCUGGGGGCGCGGACGUUCACGACGCUGGCGAGCAGCAUCCGCAUCAUGCCGAAGCUGCAGGCGCUGAAGCUCGACAGCAACGCGGCGCGCUCGCACGGCGUGCAGGUCCUGCAGCACGCGAUCAAGCAGGCCGGGCCCGGGGGGUGCAACCUCACCGUGCUCGACCUCUCGAACAACGGCAUCGACGCGCAGGGCGGCGCGGUCCUCGGGACGCUCCUGCGCAUCUACCCGAAGCUGCGCGUGCUGGCCGUGGCGCGCAACCCGCUGGGCGCGGAGGGCGUCGCGGGGCUGGCCGUGGGGGUGGCGUCGGCCAUCAACCUCGAGACGCUGGACCUGGACGGCGUGUCGCUGGCCGGGGACGCCGGCGCCGCGAUGUACAACGCGCUGCACGAGAACGUCAACCUGCGCAAGGUCUCGGUGCGCGGCUGCGGCCUCCCCGACGCGGAACUGGCCAAGUGGAAGGUCGAGAUGGCCGCGCGCUCGGGAACGCUCGUCGCGGGGGAGCUGCCGCCGGACAAGGGGCGGAAGAACUGA